CAACAUAAAUGGCAAGUGCAGAAAGCAACUCAAUAGAGUCUCCAAUGGUAUCAAAAAAAGAUCCUGCGUGGAAGUAUAAUUAUUUGAAGGAUCCGAAAGAUCCUAAUGCAGUGACUUGCAUAUUCUGCGAUAAGACUACCAUAGGUGGUAUUUUUCGUGCAAAACAACAUCUAGUAGGAAAUUUCAAGAAUGCAGCAGCUUGCAAAAAAUGUCCACCUGAGGUAAAAGAAGAGUUGCUGAAUUAUAUGAAUGAAAAGAAGACACAAAAGAAUGAAUCUUAUGGGAAUUUACCAGAAGACAAUGUUGAACAUAUCAGAGAUGAAGAAGAAGAUUAUUCUACGAGUAUUAACCCAAGUGAAAAAAGAGUAUACGACAAAAAGGGAAAAGAAGUUAUGAGUACUAAAAAAGGUAGAAAAGGACCGAUGGAUCUAUAUAUGCUUCAAGGAUCCCAGAAACAACAAGGGCAAGCAGGAGGCUCAAAAUUGAGACAAACAAAUAUAAGUGAUGCUUGUGAUAAAGAAAUAAGAGGAAGAACAAUUCAGCAUAUUGCUCGCUUCUUCUAUCAGGCUGGUCUUCCCCUUAGUACAACUCGUUUAGACAGUUUUAAGGAUAUGAUUGAAGCUAUUGGAAGAUAUGGUGCAGGAUUAAAACCUCCAAGUUAUUAUGAGAUGCGAGUUCCAUUGCUGCAAAAAGAGUUGAAUUAUACAAAUGACUUACUAAAAGGUCAUAAAGAAUCAUGGGCAACACAUGGUUGCUCUAUUAUGUCAGAUGUUUGGACUGACAGGAGGCGCAGGAGUAUAAUUAAUUUUAUGGUUAAUUGUUCUUUAGGGACUAUGUUUGUGAAGUCAAUAGAUGCUUCAUCUUUUGUAAAAUCUGGAGACAAGAUAUAUGAUUUACUUGACAACUUCGUGGAAGAAAUUGGAGAACAAAAUAUCGUUCAAACCAUAACCGACAAUGGAAGCAACUAUGUUUUAGCUGGUAAAUUGCUUGAAUAAAAAAGACAACACUUGUAUUGGACUCCAUGUGCAGCACAUUGUAUUGAUUUAAUAUUGGAAGAUAUUGGAAAGAUCUUAGAAAUCAAGAAAACCUUAGAAAGGGCAAUUUUUGUUGUUGGAUUUCUUUAUAAUCACAUUGGGGCUUUGAAUAUGAUGAGAGAAUUUACAGGGAAUAAAGAAUUAGUGAGACAUGGUGUUACCCGAUUUGCUACUUCAUUCUUGACAUUACAGAGCGUGCAUCGUCAAAAACAUACUCUGAGAAAUAUGUUUACCUCUGAGAAAUGGGUGACAAGCAAAUGGGCAAAAGAAGCAAAAGGCAAGAGGGCUGCUGAUAUCAUAUUAAUGCCAUCCUUUUGGAAUCAUGUAGUUUAUAUAUUAAAGGUAAUGGGCCCUCUUGUUCGAGUCCUUCGAUUGGUGGAUAAUGAAAAUAAGCCUGCAAUGGGAUAUAUUUAUGAGGCUAUGGAUAGAGCAAAGGAGACGAUUAAAAGAUCUUUUAAUGAAAAUGAAGAAAAAUAUGAGAAAAUUUUUACAAUCAUUGACGAAAGAUGGAAUUGUCAACUUCAUCGUCCCUUACAUGCAGCAGGAUAUUAUUUGAACCCUGAAUUCUUUUAUAAGAUUAAAUCUAUUGGAUUUGAUGCAGAAGUUUUGGGUGGGUUAUAUCAGUGUGUUGCAAGAUUAGUUCCCAGCAUUGAGGUUCAAGAUAAGAUUAUUCAUGAAUUAUCUUUAUAUAAAAAUGCUGAAGGUCUUUUUGGAAUUCCAAUUGCCGUUCGAUCCAGGACAACUACCUCUCCAGCUGAAUGGUGGAGUCUAUUUGGAAAUUCCACCCCGAACUUACAGAAAUUUGCUGUCAAAGUACUUAGUUUGACAUGUAGUGCUUCGGGUUGUGAGCGAAAUUGGAGUGUCUUUGAGCAUGUAAGUAUUACUAAAUAUUUUUAUUUUAAUUAAUUAAUUUAUUUAGAUAUAUGUAUUAAUAUAUUUUUAAAUUAUAUGACAUGACAUAUUCACUCGAAGAGAAGAAAUCGGUUAGAACAUCAACGAUUGCACGAUCUUGUUUACAUAAAGUAUAAUCAAGCUUUGAAGACUCGUCAUGAUUUGAAAAAUAGAUUUGAUUCAAUCUCAUUGCAAGAUAUUGAUGAUUCAAAUGAGUGGUUAGUAGGAGAAAUGGGUGCUAACUUGCAAGAUGCUGAAGACGAGCUUGUAUUUGAAGAUGAUAGAUUGACGUGGGGAGAUGUGGCAAGAGCUUCAGGUGCUGGAGAAUUACAAACAUAUACAAGACAGAUGUCAAAGAGAAAAAUGAGUGCAAAAGCAUCAAGCUCGGCUCCUGCUAUUGUUGAAGACAUAGAGAAUGAAACAUAUCUUGAUGAAGAGGAAGGAAUCGAAGAACAAGAGGAAGAAGACGAAUUCAAUGAAGAUGAUUUGUGUGAAAAUGACGAUAAUAUUGAUUAUGAUGAAUGACUUUGAUGUAAAAUGUUAAUGUUUUGAAUUUUGAAA